UCACUGUCGCCCCGGUCCCCUUUGAUCUGAUUGUGUUGCUUCUAUUCACACGUGACUACGCAACUCCGCUUACAAAAUCUCUCCCUCUCCACACUUAUGACAGUUCACAAAUAUAUAUAUGUUUUUCUUCUUCUUCAGUUAACUAGUUUGAAAGAGAGAUAGAAUGAGAUCGGAAUGAUGUGCGCGUACUCCUCUACUUUUGACCAGUAAUACUCCAACACGCAACGAAGGUGCAUCGCCAGCAGAGAGAAUCGCCCUGCGCCCCGCUUCGUUUCACGGCGUGUCUGAAAUACCAACUUUGAUAAACAAUAAUUUACUGCACAAAAACAACUGGUGUGGAUCACAAAUCAUCUUCAUCUACUACCUCAACAACAUUUCCUUUUAAUUCCCCAGCAGUGGAUGCGGCUGGUCGUAUAUUUUUUUGAUUGCCUUAAAAAAAUAGGGAAUUGAAUCCCGUUGUGAAUUCUGCAAACUGCCGUCCGUCGCAUCAACGAAUUGAAGGUUUUCAAACUUGGAACUUGUUCUUCCCGCACCACCGAGCGCUCGGAUACACACACGGGUUGCAUUCAGCGCGAUCGUGCCCACGAUAAUUCACCGGGUUCGACAAACUCAAGGGCUACAUACUCUCAAUAAAAGUUUCAGGCGAGCUGAAAGAGACUACAACUCUAGCGUUGUUUACACCGACUACACACAGCACAAUGACUUCAACAACAUCAACCAUCCUCAUCCUCCUCCAACUAUCAAGCCUCAUCCUCCUCACAUCAACAAGGAGAGUUCCUGCCUCAACAGAACAAGGUGGUACCCAAGAAGAAUCAAAUGAGUUUGUACUAGACCUCAAGACCGUGAACGGGGAUCCAGACAACCUGAUGGCCCAGAUCAAGCACCUGGCAUCAGCACUCCAGACCUGCGGAUUCAGUGGGGAGAUGCAACACAUGAGGCUGUUCCAGCUGACAAAUCAGUCAGUCACAUGCAAUGAUGGAACACCGGCAGGAUACUACUUCAGGCGAUCUCAGGGUAGUAAAAAAUGGCUCAUUUACCUGGAAGGAGGAUGGCAUUGUUAUGACCGAGACAGCUGCCACAACAGAUGGCAAACAUCAAGCAAGCUCAUGAGUUCAAGGAGUUGGCUCAAAACGAAAACAGGUACAGGAAUUCUGUCUCCAGAUCCCGAGGAAAAUCCUGUAUUCUGGAAAUCCAAUGUUGUAUAUGUGCCUUACUGCUCAAGUGAUGUGUGGAGUGGAACAGCACCAGCGUCAGAACCUGGUGGCUAUGCAUUUAUGGGUGCUCUUAUAUUGAAUGAGAUCUUCAAGGAGUUACUUGGGAUAGGUCUUCUGGAUGCUCGGCAAGUUGUCUUUGCUGGUAGCAGUGCCGGAGGAACAGGUGUGAUGCUGAACUUGGACAGAGCAUCAGCAAUGCUAGCUGAAGCAGGCAGCAGUGCACAGGUCUUGGGGCUGAUUGAUUCUGGUUGGUUCUUGGAUCAGGAGCAACAGACUCCGAUAGAGCAAUGUAGAUUUGUCUGCAAUCCUGCUAUGGCUCUACAGUUAGGAACAAAGUUAUGGAACAGCAUAGCACCAAAAACAUGUCUUGAAAUGUACGGAGAGGAGAACAAAUGGAAAUGUUUCUUCGGCUUUAGGAUACACGAGACAUUACAGACACCAGUAUUCAUCUUCCAAUGGUUGUAUGACGAAGCCCAGUUAAUGGUUGGAAUGUCAGAACCACCUAUCCAGAUUGAGCAUUGGAACUUUAUGCAGAAAACCGGUCGAGAUAUGCGGGCUUCACUUCGAAACACCUCUGCGGUAUUUGCACCAGCUUGUUAUGCCCACAUGAUCCUUACAAAAAGUGACUGGACAAGCAUCCAAGUGCGAAAUGUUAGACUUCACAAGGCCUUGCAGUGUUGGCUGAAGAAGAAUGAACCAGAAGAACAAGUGCUCGAUUUCACCAAGGAGGCAGGGGUUCCUCUCUUUGGCGUCUCCAAAGAAACUGAAUACUCUUCAGAAUAUGGGAGUGGGCAUCCCAUGACAACCGCACACCCACCAACCACAGCUGAGGAUGAAGAGGACGAGAGUGGAGGAGGUGGUUGGUGGCCAUGGAAACGAAGUGCAGAGACGACAGAAAGACAGACACGACUCGGCAAGAAAAGGAACGGCCGUAAGCCAGGACAGAUGGUAGACAGGGAAAUGCAAGGUGAUGACCCCGGUGCAUCUGCCAAACGACCUACACCAAGGAAGAAGAAAAGAUGCCAGCUGAGACUUCUUGAUCAUGCAACCUGCCCUCAUUGUAACCCAACAUGUCCAAAGAAAAUCAACCCUUACACAGGUAAGUUACUCCUCUUAAUCAGGCCUGUAUUCUUCAUUUUUGAAACGGCAAGGGCACCAAGGCAUGUACUCCUUGGUGAAGGACAACCUAUUAAAAAGGGCACCAAGGCAAUGACCAGGGGGCAGGGAGGCAAUUGCUUUUGUUGCCUCUGUGAAGAAUCAGACCUGCAAGUUAAUGUUGUUGUAGAAAAUUUAUUUAUUUGGUUGCAAUGUUACAGAUUCUCAAAAACAGAAUCCAUGACCUUUGCAUUCUACAGCAGUGUCCUGCCAACUAGACCACUGAAGUUUUUAACCAAAAAUGUUAAAACCAUAAUUAAUAAUCUUUAGUUCCAUCUAUUAAAAAGUUAUUCCUCAACUUUUUGUGUUCUUG